UGGUCACCAAACCAGAUUGGAGACGCGAGGAUCAAACUCGACUGGAUAUUACACUUUUUAUCUUCAAAUAUCAACAUUGAUGCGCGACGGUGUAGUUUUGUCAUCAUUGUUCGUAAACGUGAAGCAAACGCUUUUGAUUAAUUUCCAUCAUGGGUCGAACAAAAAGGGUUAUAAGGGCACCAAGACUAAAAAAGACCGAGCAAUUUGGUGAAGAUGACCCUGACGCCUACAAGAACAUGCCUGUCCCUGAUAAGAAAUCGUCCCAGUACACAAAGGACAAAAUUGAUGAGUUUCACGAUGAGAAGAUUGCGAAACUUCUCGCCAGUGGUGUUCAGCAGGACAGCGACCCGGAGGAAUUGGAUGAUGAGGAGGAAGUGAUGGCCCUGGACGAUUCAGAGGAUGAUGAUGACGACGACGAGGAUGAGGGGACCGACAUGGAGAGUGAUCUAGAGAGCAAAAAAGAAGAUGAUCUUCCUAAUGAAAUGGCAUGGGGCACCAAGAAGAAGAUGUUCUACGACUCUGACUAUGUCGCCACUAAGGGGAGAUCUCAAGACGAGUUGGAAGCUGAGGAGGAAGAGGAAGAAAAAGAGGCUAAAAAUAUCCAAACACGUUUAGCUGCCAAUCUGAGCGAGGAGGAUUAUGAUUUAAACUUUUUUCAGGAAUUUGCUGUGGAAGAGACAGAUGAAAACAAGACUGUAGAAAAAGAAGAGAGGAUUGUGAAAGAUCUGAAGCAGAUGUCUCAGAAGGAAAAAAUGAAACUUUUAAAAAAGGAGUCACCAGAGCUGCUUGAACUCAUUCAGGACUUCAAAGCAAAGCUCAAUGAACUAAAGGAUGAGCUGCAGCCUCUCAUACAGAUGGUCAAGGAAGGAAAGAUCCCACCAGGAAAGGGUGCUGACUACCUCAAGACAAAACAGCAACUGUAUCUGAAUUACUGCACAAACAUCAGUUUUUACUUGGUGCUGAAGGCAAAACGAAUCCCUGCCCAUCACCAUCCGGUGAUUGAAAGACUGCUGACCUACAGAAAUCUCAUCAAUGAGCUUGGUCCAGUGGAUGCUCGGCUUGCACCUCAGUUUCGCACGCUGCUAGCUGGUGUGGAGAAAGAAACGACCACCAGCCGGCCAGCAGGGGGCAAGAAGACCAGAGUCACCAGCAAGAUGGAAAAGGAUUCUGGAGAAGCUAUGUCGGAGGUUGAGGACGACUCAGACCUGGACGAGGAAGCGGCUCUGCGUUUCUACAGAGAAGUGGAGGAGCGGUCAAAAUUGAAGAGAAAGCGCACUGCUGUCCCAGAAGCUAAAGAGAUGGAGGUGAAAGAAGAUGAGCAGCAGCAGCAGGAGGAGGAUCCAGAUGCUAAGAGAGGAAUCACUUACCAGAUGGCCAAGAACAGGGGGCUGACACCCAGGAGGAAGAAAAUUGAUCGUAAUCCCAGAGUCAAGCACCGAGAGAAGUUCAGACGAGCCAACAUCCGCAGAAAGGGCCAGGUUUGCAUUCCGCACAUUGAUGAGACUAUUUUUAUUCCGCUGUUUAAGUGCAUCAUAAAGCUCCUGGGAACGGUCUCGGUCUGUCGACGCAUCAGCUUGACUCAAGAGUAUAUGUGGCCGUGUCAAACACGUCGUGUUCCUAUUCACCAGGUGCGAGAGGUUCGUCGGGAGGAGACGCGAUACAGCGGAGAGUGGUCUGGUAUUCGUGCUGGUGUCAAGAAGAGCGUCAAACUUAAGUAACCAUGCAAGAAUCUCAAGUAUGCUGCAAAGCAGAAUCAAAGGAUUUAAACAUGUCUACAUGUAAUCUUUCUUAUAGAUGUAGUAAAAGCAUGUCACUGAAUUAUUCAGCGGUCAAUAACUGUUGUUGUAAAGUCCUCAAUGUGUUUUCUGUUCUAGAUCAUUGCACAAUGUGAAUAAACUUGUCUUUUGUAUCUGUU